AUGAAGGCAUCCGUCACCACCGUCGUUCUCCUCGCUGGGCUUGCCGCCGGUGCACCCACUAAAACCAUUCACUCCGAGCUUGAGAAGCGUCAGUUCGGCACCGGCACUGAUGGACUUGGUGCUCUGGCCUCUAUCUUCCCUAUCCUGGGCGGUGGCGGCUCUUCCACUUCGUCUGGGCUUGGUGCUCUGGCCUCCCUCUUCCCUGGUCUGGGUGGCUCCUCCUCGUCUGGCAGCGGCUUCAGUCUUCCGGGAUUCACCUUGCCCACCUCCAUCCCCGGCCUGGGCAGUCUGGGUAGCCUGGGUAGCUCCGGCUCCUCCGGCGCCUCUGGUCUUUCGGGACUGAGCGGACUCAGCGGCCUCAGCGGCCUCAACGGGCUGAGCGCAAGCACCACCGACUCCAGCGCCGAGGCAAGCACCAGCGGUACCGCCACCGCCAGCUCCGAUUCCAACUCAGGUGUGGCCCUCUCCGGUCUCCUCGGUGACCACAUCUCUAAACGCGCCCUCCUAGGCUCCAUCACCGAAAACGGCGUCAAAAACAAAGACGCCUGCCAACCACUCACCUUCAUCUUCGCCCGCGGCACCUCCGAACUAGGCAACAUGGGCUCUAUCGCCGGUCCGCCCGUGGCCACCAAGCUCCGCUCCCUCCUCAACAACAAGGUCGUCGUCCAAGGCGUCGACUACCCCGCCUCCAUCGAGGGGAACGCCCUGCUCGGCGCGGCUGGCGGGCCCACAAUGGCCAGCCUGGUGAAGCAGGCGCUGUCGCAGUGCCCCGAUACCAAGGUCGUGGUGGGUGGUUACUCGCAGGGCGCGAUGGUCGUGCACAAUGCGGCCAAUUCGUUGGCCCAGGACCAGAUUGCCGCCGCGGUGCUGUUUGGCGAUCCGUUCAAGGCUCAGGCUGUGGGUAAGGUGCCCAAGGCAAAUGUCAAGGAGUACUGUGCGGCCGGGGACCCGGUUUGUCUGAAUGGGGCGAAUGUGCUGGCGCAUUUGAGCUAUGGCGACGAUGCGGCCGAGGCGGCGCAGUUUUUGAUUACGGCUUCGGGGGUGAAGGCUUAG